AUUGCCCGCCAAAACUUACGGACGCUGGUAUCGCGAAUCUCUACUAACCGACAACCACCCAUCGAAAUCAGUCAAGAUGUCCGGCCAGGCCCUCAACAAGAUCGCGCCCAACAGCCCCUCGAGGCAGAACCCCUCUGAGCUCGAGCAGAGCAUUGCUCAGGCUCUGUUCGACCUCGAGACCAACACCGCCGACCUCAAGGUCGCCCUGCGCCCUCUGCAGUUCGUCUCCGCCCGUGAGAUCGAGGUCGGCCACGGCAAGAAGGCUGUUGUCAUCUUUGUCCCCGUCCCCUCCCUGGCCGGUUUCCACCGCGUCCAGCAGCGCUUGACCCGUGAGCUCGAGAAGAAGUUCUCCGACCGCCACGUCCUCAUCCUCGCCUCGCGCCGCAUCUUGCCUCGCCCCAAGCGCUCCGCCCGCAGCCGCAACACCCAGAAGCAGAAGCGCCCCCGUUCGCGCACCCUGACUGCCGUCCACGACGCCAUCCUCGCCGAUCUCACCUACCCCGUCGAGAUUGUUGGCAAGCGCGUCCGCACCAAGGAGGACGGCAGCAAGCUCCUCAAGGUCAUCCUCGACGAGAAGGAGCGUGGUGGCGUUGACUACCGCCUCGACACCUACUCCGAGGUCUACCGCCGCCUCACAGGCCGUGCCGUCAACUUUGAGUUCCCUCAGAGCCAGGCCACCGACUUUUAAAUGUCUCGUCGGUAACUAUGGGGGAUUAUAUCCAAUGGGGUUCAGGGAGUGAUUUUUCUAGCAUCAAACCGGUUUAUCAAAAAGGGCAUGGCGUCUUUUGAGAGAGGGAGAGACAAAGGUAGCUUUGUAAUGACACAAGCUGCCAUAUGAUCUGGCACGAAUCACUCCAUUGGGU